UUCCGGUGUGGUCUGCUAGCACAACAGACGCAGCGACUGCGACUCCUGUCUCCUCCAAGAUGCUGGCGCUCAUCAACAGGCUCCUGGACUGGUUCCGCUCGCUCUUCUGGAAAGAGGAGAUGGAGCUCACCUUAGUCGGGCUGCAGUACUCGGGAAAGACCACGUUCGUCAACGUGAUCGCAUCCGGCCAGUUCAGUGAAGACAUGAUUCCGACGGUUGGUUUCAACAUGAGGAAGGUCACCAAAGGCAAUGUCACAAUAAAGAUCUGGGACAUAGGCGGCCAGCCGCGCUUCAGGAGCAUGUGGGAGCGCUACUGCAGAGGAGUCAAUGCUAUCGUAUACAUGGUGGACGCAGCCGAUCGAGAUAAAAUUGAAGCUUCCAGAAAUGAACUGCACAACCUGUUGGACAAACCGCAGCUACAAGGAAUUCCUGUUCUAGUGCUGGGGAACAAGCGGGACCUGUCGAACGCACUGGACGAGAAGCAACUCAUUGAAAAGAUGAACCUCUCAGCCAUCCAGGAUCGAGAAAUCUGCUGCUACUCCGUCUCCUGCAAAGAGAAAGACAACAUAGACAUCACGCUGCAGUGGCUCAUCCAGCACUCAAAGUCGCGGAGGAGCUGAAAGUGAAACCCGUCUCGGUCUCGGUCCCAGAUAUCCCCGGAUCAUCGACAGUCAUCCUUUUCACUGCCUCUGUGAUGUGUCCAGCUCCGUGCUCACCACCACCACCACCCCGUACAGCAUUACCCCCCCUCACCACCAGGAGUCCAGUAAAAGGUGUUGCACUUUUUCCAACCCUUCAUGCCUUAUCACUCGGCGUUUUCAGUGCGCUGCACUCUCUGCUUUUUAACUCGAAAUCGCUCAUCCCUCCAGUCGUCCGCAACGUUUGUGACAUUGUAGUUUUUAAAGAUAAUUUGCCUCCGAAUCCCAGAGAAAGUGAUAGCAAUGUAGCCCGUGUUAUACAUGCUGGUGGACUGUAUGUUUAUUUUGUGACUUGAAUUCAAGUUUACACCCACACACAGCCGCUCAAGCUGAGAAUGUUUGUCGUGUUGAAAUAGGUGAAUGGGUCAGCAGAGUUUAAGUGCCUUUGGCUGACCCGAGGUUCCGAUGGUCCAGUGCAAGCCCUCUUUUAUUAGACGAGACACCACCCCCUUUUGACAAUCCCAUCAUCCUGAUGCUGAAGACCAGUGCAAGAAAGUGUUACAUUUUAAUAAGUCGGUCGAUUUGAAUGUUUUUUUUUUUUCUUUCUGAAUCAUGUGGCUUGAAAUGUGAGCAAAGUGUUUGCUUGCACUUCUCAGGUUGUUCUGUCGAGGGCGUGAACACAAGCGGGUGUGCCUGAACACAAAGUCUGUUCCGUUAUAUACAGCUCAGGUUGGACAACAGUGGAGAGUGCUCGGACAACAGGACGGCUAUUCAGAGCCUUGUCUCAAACGUGAUGUCUAACUGUGACGCCUUAGCAGUCUGCCAAACUCCACAUCCUCCAUUCACAUUUCAGCGAACAGACAAUGACUUCUCAGCCAGUUGGAGAGCGACGUUUCUUCCUGCGACGUGACCCCUUCAUUUCAUCCCGCCACACGCUUUGUUUUCUCACGCCUCAUUCUCUGUCCGUAACAGGGACCACAGCAGCAGUGAGGAGCUGUUUUUUAUUUGGGAGACAGUGCGUCUGUGAUUUAGGGGAAGUGCUUUGUUACCUAUGUAAUGAUCUCGCCUUGUUUGCGUUUGUAUGUGCAUGUGCUCAAUUAUUCAUAUCCAACUGCAUAUACUUUGUAAAUAAGAAGUUGGGGUUUUGAACUCCAACAACCGGCUCUUGUAGAUGUCAUGCGUUCUCUCCCUGUGAUUGCUAAUAAAUUUGUUUUUAUU